AUGUUGGUACGUUUCUCUUCUAUUUCAUUCGAAAUAAUUAAUAAUCGUUUAAAGCGAUUAUUCCGUGAUUAUACUAAUCAUUCGAUUAAAUUCCAGAUUAUUUUCGCCGUUCUACUCGUAUCGGCGCUCAACUCUGCUACAGGGGUUGAAUUUUUCGCUCCAAGUUUCGCGAGACCGAGAAGAGGGGUCGUCGAAACGAGUGACGAUGAUUCUCGAGACGACAAACCUCGAUCAAUGGAGAAAAGUAGUCCAAGAUCCUCGUCGAGCUACAAAAAUGUCAAAAUUGUAAAGGAGCCUCCUCCAAUUGGUGCUACCGAUGUUCCGCCAAUGUACGGUGAUAUAUUUAAACAAUCAUCACCGUAUAUUAUUCCACCGUUCGAGACUCGGAACGUGCCAUUCCUCCCAUAUUCCGAUAAUUUAUUUACCAUAUCCGCCGGCUACAAAAUUGCAAACGACAAUUUUGGCAAACCGGUAAACCAAGCAAAGAUAUACAACCAGAACGUGGCUGCAGGUACGAAGCUACAAAUUCCAGUGUACAAGACUAACUAUCCACCAAAAGGCGGCGAGACGUACGCGCCAGUUUUCCCUCCAAACGGGAAAGCAUCGUUUCCGGUUCUCCAAGAGCAAAAACAGUUUCCCUCGUACUUAUCGAAUUUUCAGAACCAGCUCGUUUUGAAGCCAACAAUGGAAGAGAAUCGGUUCGAUUUCGGAGCGGGAACGGGCAAGGUUCAACAAUUGGGCUCGCAUUUUCUGUCGCCGCUUUCCAGUUUCCAAGGCCAAGUGGUCCCUAUUUCCACGCUGGCCAACAACGCGCCGUUUCCGCGCUACAAAGGCGCGGCGAUCGAGGUUUAUCCGACCGUGGGCGGGUUUUCAACCACGGCUUAUCAACCCCUCCAGCCACAGCAACAAUUCCAAUUUGGCCACGGAAACGUCCAACCUGUUGACAACUCGGGCCGCCCUCCCAGCCCAUCCGAGGAAAUUCGAUCGGACGUGGAGAUAAUCGACAAAAAGAAACCUGCACCUCCGCCUAGCGGCGAUGACGAUGGCGGCGACGAGACCGAUGACGACGAAGGCUACGCUCCUCCCGAGAGACAGCACGAGGCAAGUUCACAGGAUGACAACGACGAUUACGAGCCUAAGAGUUUCAAGGCGCCGUCGGUGGAAGGCGAUUUUAAGCCUUCCACGUCGUUUCCAUUCAAGCAAUACGACGAGAAGUUUGGCAGAUAUUCGAAUCGUGAUAAGGAUGAGAAGUCGGUUCCGAGGAAUCGUAAUUAUUCGAGCGAUGAUGACGAUGAGCCUUCGACCAAGUAUCGGUCGGAGGCCUCCUCCUCGAAAGCUUUCCACGAUCGGCAAGAGGAGGAAGAAGGUGGAUACGAUGACGUGGACAAGUCGUAUGAGAGACGGAAGACCGAGGGAACGUCGGACGAUGAGAAUGCGGCUAAAAAUUUCGACGAGGAAUUCGACGAGGAGGGGUCGCAUAAAGCGAAAUUACCGAAACAAAAAGUGAAAUACGGGUCGUCGAAAGGAGAGAGGAAUAUCUACGAGGUCGAAGAUCCUUCGGGCGAAGGAAGUCAAAGGAAUUUCAGGUAUUACAAAGAUUCACGAGAUGCCGAAGGGUAUAGCUCAGUACCUGAAACGAAUAUAUACGAAGGAGGUUUUGGAUAUAAAAUAAUCGGAAGACGCACGGUAUUUUAAUAAAUCUACGAUUCAUCAAGAUGUACGUUAAUACUUAUUACAAUUAUAA